UGAAAUCAUUGUUCACCCAUUUUCAGACAGAGCAGCGCCUGAACUUGAGAGACAGAGUCCUAUAACUCUCUGAUGUACUGUUGAUUUUGUUCUGAAUAGAGUAACCAACCUUUAUAUGAUGGUGUUGCAUCUGUGAAGACAUCUCCACCGACAACAUCAGCCAGCGCUCAGACACUGACACUUGCAGAAAGAUAUUCUAAUGUGCAGUACAGAGCGCCUCGGCCUCGUCAGCAGAAGAUGAAUGACGUAUAUGCCGUGGUCAGCAAGUCCAAACAGCUCCCACCACCAGCCUCUUCCACCGCCCCUCUGGCCGCUCUCUGUCACUAUGACAACGAAGAGCUGGGCGUCCCAAAAUUCCAUGCCGGUGCUCUUUACAGCAUGGUCAAGCCCAAGAGCAGGUGUCUUCCAGCCAAACCGCCACCAGCUGUCUCACCCAUAUAUGACACAGCCGGACUAGCCAAUCACAGYCUAGCUGAGGCCUCGGCAGGGGAGGACCAGAGUGGCUAUGAGCUGGUCACAGCUGAGUGUUAUUCCUCGACAGAAGAGGACUAUGAAUAUGUCUCAAAUCCCAUCAAAUGCAUGACCAACAGCUGCACUCCUGGUAGCAUGGAUUUCAACUGUCGCAUUAAAAAACCCAAAGGGCCUCGGGAUCCCCCGGCAGAGUGGAGUCGUGUGGAGAGAUGACACAGCAGCCAUAUACCAGGCCUGGCCACAUCUUUACUCAUUCAUGUUUGACAAGCAAUGGAAAUGGGCUCUUUAUUUAUUUUUACUUUCUGUGAACAUCUACUGUAUGUGAUCACAAAAAUACAGUUAUCUAUCUAUCUUUUGUAACCCAUUUGAGUUCGUAUAUUUUUCAGAUCUUGUGAUUUAUAUUACUGAUGAAAGAAUAAACUAUAUUAAACAACUUUCAAUUCUGAGACAAGUAUUACUUUUGAAUACCAUUUACCGAUUGAAGUGCAGUGGUGCUAUAGUGUGAUUGUAGUAACCAACAGGUGGCACUAUAGUAACAGGAGAUCAUUAGUUUUUUUCAUUAUUGACGUUUCAGCUAUUGUAAAAUGUGUUUUCACAGGUAGACUCAUGCUUUAUUGCUUUGAUGUCUACUAAUUGCUGGUAACAAGGACUUACAAUAAAGACAACAAUGUCUUCAAGGUUCUUUGAAA